GCCUUCCAUAGAAUAAAUAACUCAAAAUGGAGGCUCUUGUUUUGUCUGUAAAACUGAUUUUAUACCAAACUCAGUUUUCUCUGGUUAUUCAUUUUCAAGCUUUAACCUUUUUUGUUUCUCUAAAACAAAAGAAAUGCAAGCACUGAAAGGAUUGGCAGGAAGGUCGCUUAGCUUGAAGAAACACACAAUUUAUCAAACAUUUUCCAUUCUUUCUGCUCCUGCCGAGAAUCAUCAUCUCCCUAAAUGGGUUUACCAAACUCGUCGGACCCUCAUCUUGGAGCCAACUUCCUCUCAGUUCGUCAACCUUCACAGACUCUCCGACUCCGAUUCGGGGAUUGUUGAGAUUAAUUUGAACAGACCCGACAGAAAAAAUGCCAUUGGGAAAGAUUUUCUGAGAGGGUUGCAACAAACCCUUGAAGAUAUAAGUACAGAUGACUCUGCCAAAGUUGUUUUGAUUCGUAGUUUAGUUCCUAAGGUGUUCUGUGCUGGUGCUGAUUUGAAGGAGCGCAAGAUGAUGACUCAAUCUGAGGUCAAUUCUUUUGUUGAAUCAUUACGAUCCACAUUCACUUUCAUAGAGACACUUCGUGUUCCUUCUAUUGCUGUCAUUGAAGGAACUGCACUGGGUGGUGGACUUGAAAUGGCUCUAUCAUGUGAUCUUCGGAUAUGUGGAGAAAAUGCAGUACUAGGCUUGCCAGAAACAGGACUUGCCAUUAUUCCUGGAGCUGGUGGGACACAGCGACUGCCUAGAUUGGUCGGAAGAGCAAUAGCUAAGGAACUUAUAUACACCGGGAGAAAAAUUAGUGGCGCUGCUGCAAUGUCUAUAGGUCUUGUUAAUCACUGUGUUCCUGCUGGUGAAGCUCAUGUGAAAGCACUUGAGAUCGCUCGGGAAAUAAAUGAGAAGGGUCCAUUGGCUAUAAGAAUGGCAAAAAAGGCGAUCGAUGAGGGUUUAGAGGUAAACAUGGUUUCGGGUUUGGCAGUAGAACAUGACUGCUAUGAACAACUCUUGGAUACGCAAGAUCGGUUGGAAGGUCUUGCAGCUUUCGCUGAGAAGCGAAAACCGAAGUAUAGCGGAAAAUAAGACUGAUUCCAAAGAUGAUUUAUGAAGUAGAAUCCCAAUAGUUACAAAGUCUUUUAAGUUUGAUGAUCAACUCUUGGUUUUGUAAUGAAAAUAUUGACUGUUGGUAAGUUUGAGAAGUUGUGUUAUAAAUAAAGAUGGUUAUUAUUUUUUCAAUACAAAGUUAAUAAAUAUACAUUCUUUAA